UUGUCUUGUUACCACAUCUUGUUCAUCAGAUUCAUCAACAUCAUGGAAUCCAGAAAUCACACAGAUGUUUCUGAAUUUCUUCUCAUGAGACUGACAGAGGAUGAAAAACAGAAGACCAUCUUAUUCAACCUGUUCCUGUCCAUGUACCUGGUCACUGUCCUGGGAAACCUGCUCAUCAUCCUGGCUGUCAUCUCUGACUCCCACCUCCACACUCCCAUGUACUUCUUUCUCUCCCAUCUGUCCUUUACAGACAUUGGUUUAAGCACAACCAUGAUCCCAAAGAUCCUGGUGAACAUGCAAGCACAGAGUCAAAGCAUCACUUACACGGGUUGCCUCACUCAGAUCUGCUUUGUCCUGAUUUUGGUUUGUUGGGAAAGUUUUCUCCUUGGAGCAAUGGCCUAUGACCGCUAUGUGGCCAUUUGUCACCCACUGAGGUACACAGCCAUCAUGAACCCCCACCUCUGUGUUAGGCUGACCCUACUCUCCUUGUUCAUUAGCAUUGGGAAUGCCCUGCUCCACACUCUGAUGGUGCUGCCACUAUCCUUCUGCAAGGACCUGGAAAUCUCCCUCUUCUUCUGUGAAGUUGUUCAAGUCAUCAAGCUUGCAUGCUCUGAUAACCUCAUUAAUAAUACUCUUCUUUAUGUUGCAAUUAGCCUAUUAGGUGGCAUUCCUGUUUCUGGAAUCAUUUUCUCUUAUACUCGAAUAGUCUCCUCUAUUUUGAGAAAGUCAUCAGUAGGUGGAAAGUAUAAAACUUAUUCUACCUGUGGGUCUCACCUCUCAGUUGUGUUUUUAUUCUAUGGGACAGGUUUUGGGGUGUACAUUUGUUCUGCAGUUACUGACUCUCCCAGGAAGACUGCAGUGGCUUCAUUGAUGUACACCGUGGUCACUCCCACGAUGAACCCCUUCAUCUACAGCCUGAGGAACAGAGACAUGAAAGGAGCUUUGAGGAAACUCUUUAGUAGACUCCCUGCUUGGCACUCUUGUUAA